AUGAAUGCUGGAAAUCGCACCCUAUGCUACUUGAAGGGUUCGCCUGGUAAGAGAUUAUUAUUUCUUUCUUGUAGCUCACUUUAUUUAGUCUCAUACUGCGAUACGGAUUGA